AUGCGCUGCUCGGUUCUUGCUCUUGCGUCUGUCGCACUCGCUGCGAGGCCGUUUCUGAACGAGCCUGAUACUGGCAUCGAAGGUGUCCUUGGCUCUACCGCCAACGGCACCCUCCCGCCGUUGGAACAGAUGGUUGGCCUUCCCGACUUCGACUGGGCAGCCCGGCGCGCGAUGUCGCCGCGGAACUACACAUACUACCGCAACGGAGCAGCGGGAGAGUGGUCAUACAGGAACAACCUUGAAGUCUUCCAGCGUUUUCGCCUGCGACCGCGUGUCUUGGUAGAUAUCACCAAGAUCGACAGCUCGCUCCCAACCACCAUCCUAGGCCACAACUUCUCCGCCCCCUUCUUCAUCGCGCCCUGCGCCCGCGGCGGCUACGCGCAUCCUGAUGCGGAGCUCAACUUUGUCAAGGGCGCCGCCUCCGGCGACAUCCUCUACAUGGCGUCCCUUUUCAGCACCAAGACGACGGAGGAAAUCUACGCUGCAAAGGCAAACAGCUCGCAGGUGCUGUUCCAGCAGGUGUACCUCACGGACAACAUCACCGAGACGCAGGAGCUCUUCCAGAAAAUCGAGAAGCUCGGCUCCAAAGCCAUUGUGCUCACGGUCGACUCCGCUGCCGACGGAAACAGACACCGCGCGAAGCGCUAUGGUGUCGGGUCUGCGGAUAGCUCGUACAGUUAUCUGACGUGGGACUUUUACCGCCAGCUCAGCAACAUGACAAGCCUACCCAUCAUCCCCAAGGGCAUCCAGACGGUCGACGAUGCGCGCCUUGCGGUCAAGAAUGGCGCAAAGGCGAUUUACUUGUCCAACCACGGUGGCCGCCAGCUUGACACCACGCCGUCAUCGCUCGAGGUCGCGCUCGAGAUCUACGAGGAGGAGCCGGAGAUCUUCAAGCAGGUCGAAGUGUACGCAGACGGCGGAAUCCGCUAUGGCGCUGAUGCGUUGAAACUGCUUGCGCUUGGCGUACGAGCGGUGGGUCUGGGACGUCCCUUCAUGCUCAGCAACGUGUAUGGCGAGGAAGGUGUGAAGAAAGUUAUUGACUUGAUGAAGCAUGAGAUUCUGAUUGACGCGGCGAACUUGGGUGUCGCGGAUUUGAAGGCAAUUGGGCCGCAGUACGUGAACUGGAAGAGUGUGAACCAGUGGUUCAGCUAG